AUGGAAAGCAAUUUUCCUGCAAUAUCAAAGAGAGUGUGGAGCACAGUGCGCAUCCUUUUCUUCAUGCUCCCAAAAUGCUUCGCCAAAGGAAAACUCCUGAUGGAACUCAACCUCAUGCUCAAACGCCCCGGCAAGCUGGCCGGAAAAGCCAUCGCCAACUUCAUCUCCCACCACCAUCAUCACUGCCACCAUGGCACCUCCGCCGCCUCCCACGACGCCCAUUUGAGAUUCUCCACGGCACUCGAGUACGAGUUCAGCUGCCGCAAGACUCCCAACUACGGCUUCUUCUCCAAACAUCAUCUCCGUCGCUUCUUCGCCUGUGCUCACGUGCCACUCACACUAGACGACGAUGAUGCGGCGGCUGUUAAUAAUGCGCUUAAGGUGGCGCUGGAGAUGGUCAGUGACAAAAAACGUAUGGAUGGGGUGGAGGCGCGCUGGCACUUCCUGGGUUUGGCUGCACCCCGGCAGCGAGACAGCUGA